AGUUUAUCCUUCACGGGGAGGAGGGGUCAGCGACGACUCGCAGAAGGCUGGCGAGGAAACUGCUCAGCGAAAAGCUCAGUCAGAGGGAGCACGUUUUCCCGUUUGGCACAAACAAACAGCCCGGCGGGGUAAGAGGUGUCUAUUAAGCUACCCAGAACUAGAGCGGCCAAACUUUAAGGUUUAGGGCCACGAUAAUGACAGAACCUGGACAGUCCACACUGCCCGCGGCCGCGCUUCUGGGCCCAGGCAGCCCGAGUUAGGCGCAGGCGUCCGCGAACCCGGGCCACGAGCCUCCCCGGGAGACCGUCACCCCUCGCGCUCUGGGAAGGCGCAGGCGCAGUUGAGACGGCGGCCAGGCUCAGCUGAUGCCAUCUUUGCCCUGCCCCUCCCCUUCCCGAGUCUGUGGCUUCCCUGCGAUCUACGCCGCUCCCGGGACCGCGGCCUCCGUGACCCUGUGCUGGGGCCUGUCAGCGCCGCAGCAGUCCGGGACUGCGAAGUGCCCCGAGCGCCGACAUGGGAAAGUCUCUUUCUCAUUUGCCUUUGCAUCCAAAUAAAGAAGAUACUUAUGAUGGAGUCACAUCAACUGAAAAUAUGAGGACUGGAUUGGUUAGUAAUGAAGUCCAUAAUGAAGACGGAAGAAAUGGAGAUGUCUCUCAGUUUCCAUAUGUGGAAUUUACAGGAAGAGAUAGUGUCACUUGCCCCACUUGUCAAGGAACAGGAAGAAUUCCUAGGGGACAAGAAAACCAACUGGUGGCAUUGAUUCCAUAUAGUGAUCAGAGAUUAAGGCCAAGAAGAACAAAACUGUAUGUGAUGGCAUCUGUGUUUUUCUGUCUGCUCCUUUCUGGAUUGGCUGUAUUUUUCCUUUUCCCUCGAUCUAUUGAUGUGAAAUACAUUGGUGUGAAAUCAGCAUAUGUCAGUUAUGAUGAUCAAAAGAAAACAAUAUAUUUAAAUAUCACAAAUACACUAAAUAUAACAAACAAUAACUACUAUUCUGUUGAAGUUGAAAACAUCACUGCUCAAGUUCAGUUUUCAAAAACAGUUAUUGGAAAGGCCCGCUUAAACAACAUAACUAAUAUUGGUCCACUCGAUAUGAAACAGAUUGAUUAUACAGUACCUACGGUUAUAGCAGAGGAAAUGAGUUAUAUGUUUGAUUUUUGUACACUGAUAUCCAUCAAAGUACAUAACAUAGUACUCAUGAUGCAAGUUACUGUCACUACAACCUACUUUGGCCAUUCUGAACAGAUAUCUCAGGAGAGGUACCAGUAUGUGGACUGUGGAAGAAACACAACUUACCAGUUGGGGCAGGCUGAAUAUCUAAAUGUCCUUCAGCCACAACAGUAAAAAUUGAAGGAGAUGCAACUAGAAAGAUGAAAUACCUAUAAAUAUUGUCUGCACUGUUGAGCAGGAGAUCUUAAAUUGAAUAAACCUAAAGUUUACACAUCUGAUUUAAGAGUUUGAUCUAAAGUAUGUGGACUUGAAAUUAUUGCAGUUUUCCAUUCUGUGUUAAUAAUGUAUUUGUAUCAGGAUCUUUUACUUGAAUAUAAAUUUACUGAUUGGCUUUCUUUUUUCCCAUUACAUCCCCCAAAGGAAAAACUGAGACUUCCCCGAUAGUAUAAUAAAUUUAAAAGAUACAGCUUCAGUCCAUAGCUCAGCAUAACUGUAAUGACAAACAUAGCCUGAUUAACUUAAUUUAUGAAUGUUUUUAUACCGAAAGCCUAUUCAUGGAAGACUUUUGAAAACCAGCUUUUUUUUCUGUUUUUUGAAUUCCCAGCAUUACAUAGUGGGAUUGUAUUUCGACUAUGUAAUGUUUUAGCUUCUAGCUAAGUGUUUUUAGCUUUUACUUUGUUGAAAUUCUCACUUGCAUGUUUUUGUCUUAUUUCAAGCUGUUAAUUGCAGAAAACCUAACAACCAGAAUAAUCUUGACAAAAUUCCAUACCUGAAAAAGUUUUAAAGCUCUAAAUAUAUGUUUGUUUCAUGUAUAUUUCCAUAAUACUUAAAAUUCUGUGAAAUUUUUGUGUUAUCUUAAAACAUAAUCCUUUAAUGUACAAUAUUGUAAAUAAACUGCAUGGCUUUUAUACAGCUAUGAUAAUAUCAAAGUGGUACAGAUUCAAAAUUAAAGCAAGUAGUUCAUAAAAAAACAAAAAGGAAAAUGAAAUUCAGAAACAGAUUGUGAAUAGGUUAUCAUUUUAUGCUGGACCUGGCAUCAAAUAGAUUGGAAACGAAAUAUUUUUAUGGUUCACUUUUUUCAUGUUGUUUUCAUAUUAAAAAUUGGUUUUGACAUUUUUCAUAGCUGUUACAUAAUCAAUUUUAUGACUGUUUUAGAGGAGAAAAUUAUUUUUUGAUAGAAAUUAUUCAAAAAUUUCCACUAUUGCAUCAUGGUGACUAUAUUUUUCAAAACCUAUGUUGUGCUUUUAAAAAUUUAAUCUCUUUAUACAUCAUAUAACUAUGAUGCUUUUAGCAGUUAAAUUUUUAAAGGUUUCUACUUCUGAUUUUAUUUAAAAUUAUUCUCAAAUGUAAGUUACUCCACUUUGCUGUUUUAUAUUUUCAACAUUGUUUUUCAGUUGAUCUUUUUGCCUUCUCACUUAAGAAAUUCUGAGAACCUUGUACAUUUGCACUACUAAGCAUAGGAGCUGAGUGUGAUACCACCCCCAAAAAAAAAUGGGCCAAGGUUAAUUUCUUUCUUUCUGUUCCCAGGUGACAGAAAUCAGGUCUCCCUUCCUCCACCCCUAAGUGCCUGACUUGGGUCAAAACAUAGCCUGUUCUCUCAAUUGUAAAAUGUAAAUUUUAAUGAUUUAAUUCUGAUCUUUAAACACUCAGGUAUCCUACUAGUUUUCAUACAGUUUUUUCCAAAUUUUCCCAAGUAAAAAUUGCAAAUGAAUGGAAUGCGCUCUUUUUUAAUUGCUUAAUUUUUCCUUAAGCUAUGGCUAAUUCAUUCAUCCUUACCAUUAAAUCCUCAUCACUGCUUUAGGACAUGCUAAUCAUACCCAAUAUUUAUUUUCAGCUUUCUUCUGCCAUAUUUUAUGAUUAUUCCCAUUCCUCUUGCAACUACACACUUCUCUGAUAUAUUGAUUGAUUGUAUUUUUUAAAUUUCAUUUUCCCUCAUUCCUUCAUUUUGAUAUGAACUACAUGUAUGAAUGAUUUAGGUCCCUUUCAAAAAAUUUCUAAACCUGUGACUUAAAGUUUUUUAAAUUUUUGUUAGUACAUAUUUACAGUACUUAAUGGUUACAUUCCUGUAGGAAGUUGGUACAUACAUGCAACACGUCUUAAUUCUUUUUACUUUCUCUUACUCUCCUCUCCCUCCAUCUCUUGGUCCUCUUCUCAUUUG